AUGUUGCAAAUAUUCAUACCGCUGCUGCUGCUGCUGCUCCUUCGCUCUUCGAUUGUUACGCCAAAUGUUACGGUUAUAGAAGACAUUCGCAAGGCCUUCAAGGGCAUCACCAACGACAGUGAGCUGGUGGAUCAUAUUAUACCGGAAAUGUAUGGUCCAUUUAUAAUGAGCAAUGCGAAUCCAACCUUUGUCUUCAGAAUGCCCAGCCAACUGCCAGAGGAUGAUGGCUUUGAGAUUUUAGCUAUGAAACGUUCCGAUUUUACGGAACCAAUAUUUCCAAAUGUAACAGAAAUUCCAUCGGUUGUGGAAUCUCCAGCACCUCCGUUGCCAGAGACGAAUGUAAAGACCAGUCUAGUGACUGCCCCACAAGGACAAUGGCAGCAAAUUGGUCUGGAAGGUUGGACGGGUGAACUAACACGACCACAACCUUGGCUCGAAGAGGGUCACAAGGAUAAACAUCAAUCGAUUGAAUGGCAAAAUACUUAUCCCCGUGAUCAGAUACUUUUGGAUUUGAAGAAUCAACAUUUCGAUGGACGUGUCACGGAUAUACGAGUUAUAAGCGCCAACAAUGGCCAGCAGGCCCAGUUGGAGGAUCUGAUGGAUGAGAAGAAUGUUUAUAUAGCCAGAGUGAAUGAUCCAUUUGGCUAUUCAAUGAAGUGGAAAUUCAAUAAUGCCAGCCUAGAAGAACGACAGCAGCAAAUGGAGGCUAGUAAGCGGGGUAAACGAGAUGUCACUCGUCUGUAUUCCAUGAUCAAAUGCUCGACAAGCUGUGAUCCAUUGAUCUUCAAAGGUUAUGGUUGCUAUUGUGGGUUUGGGGGCCAGGGCGUGCCAACUGAUGGCAUUGAUCGGUGUUGUCGGCUGCACGACAAGUGCUAUGGCCAGAGCAAUUGCAUCUCUUAUUUGGAAUACUUUGUGCCAUACGUGUGGAAAUGUUAUCGCGGCAAACCUCUCUGUGCCAUCGAUCAUGGCGAAUGGGGCGGACCGGAGUCCUGUGCGGCUCGUCUGUGUCAGUGCGAUCUGCAGCUAUCUCGUUGCUUGAGAAGAUUCUAUUGCCCGCGACGACGUGCUGUGUGCCAUUCCUCUAGAUCGCGACGCUUACAAAAUUUAAUAUUUUUCGAUUAG